AAAAAAACGAAAGCAAAAGAAACACAUCACGAGACAGUACUUUGUGAUGUAAGCAAGCACAUACACCACUCCCUUCUUCUCCUCCCCAUUGUUUGUCCUUUUCUUUUUCUUUCCCCAAUAAUUCUCUUCUUAUUUUAUUGGCCCUUGUAUUUAUUUCCUCUAUGAUUCCUUCUUUUGUUUUAAACUUCUUUUUGAUUCUUUCUAUAUAUACAAAUACAAAAUCUCCUCUUCUUCUUGAAAAAGCUCUUUACGUUUCUCUCUCUCUCUCUAAUUGCCUGCUAUGAUGCAAGAAUUAGGCUUACAACGUUUCUCAAACGACGUCGUUCGCUUAGACCUCACUCCUCCUUCUCAAACCUCAUCUACUUCUCUUUCCAUCGACGAAGAGGAAUCAACGGAAGCCAAGAUCCGACGGCUGAUAUCGGAGCAUCCUGUGAUCAUCUUCAGUAGAUCUUCAUGUUGCAUGUGCCACGUCAUGAAGAGACUCUUAGCAACGAUCGGCGUAAUCCCCACCGUCAUCGAGCUCGAUGAUCACGAGGUUUCCUCUCUUCCCACGGCUCUACAAGAUGAAUAUUCCGGUGGCGUCUCCGUCGUUGGUCCUCCGCCGGCGGUUUUCAUUGGCCGUGAGUGCGUCGGAGGUCUUGAGUCCCUUGUCGCUCUUCACUUAAGUGGUCAACUUGUUCCUAAGCUUGUCCAAGUUGGAGCUCUUUGGGUAUGAUUGUAAUUUUCAUCGUCUUCUUACUUGUGUUAAAAUCAAUAGGCUUUUGCAGUAUCAAAAGAAAACAAAAAUUAGGGUUUCACUUCAAUUGGUCAUGAAAGCCAAAUUCUGAUUAUCAUCAGAUGAUCAUAAUUAAACACCCAUGUAGAAAAUGAAUUAUGAAUAAUUAAAGAUGUGUAAUUAGUAAAUUUUAUAUGAUUUGCUUCUUUUGAUAAAGUAUGAAUCCAUCAGCCUCAUUAAUGAUGAAUCGGAUUGAUUAGGACUACUAAACUAUGAUCUAGUUGUAUAUCUAAUGAUUGAAAUUUCUUUAUUCCUUUUUUCACAAUAUUUGACUAAGAGAUUCGAACCAUAUACAAAAUAUAAGUUUAUUGAUAAAACGCAAGAUGUUUAUACCUAACGAUCUAACAAUUUAGCUCAGAAACCUUUUACUUGAAUUGGUAAUUGUUUUUCUUUUCUUUUCUUCUGAUAUAUAGGAUCUGGAUAUAUAUAAUUCGUCUGAGUAGUUGUGAUUUUAAUCGGACUUAUGAGUAAUUAUUUCUUUGGUAAAUUAG